UGUUUCAAAUAUUAAUCCAAACCCUGGUAUACAAAAUGCGCCAGGUUUCCAAAAUCAUCAUGUUAAUAACCAAACUCCUCCAAAUGCUGGUGGACGAAAUGCACCAGGUUUCCAAAACCCACAUAUUAAUCUCCCAACUCCUCCAAAUUCUGGUGGACAAAAUACACCAGGUUUCCAACGCCAACAUGUUAAUAAUCAAAGUCCUACUACGACACCAAAUUCCGGUGUGCAAACGCCACAGUCUUUAAGUUUAAAUUCUGGUAGUAAACAGCUUUCCUCUCCCGAUGGUAAUAGUGCCGCUUUUACUACCGUUAUUGAGUGUCCGCAAAUACCGCAAUGUAAUGAUGUUAAAACAAGAUAUAAAAAAGAAUAUGGAACCGUUCUAGGUUAUGAGGAUACUAAGGAAUGUCACGCCGGCUAUCAUGCAGGAUUUGGUGACGUUGAAGGAUUGCGUCAUCAUUUCACCCAUGGUGCAAAAGUUAACGGAACCUCACGUUUCUUAAAUACAAGGGAACAUCUUGUAAUAAUCGCCGCAAGAUAUUGCAGUAGAAGUAAAUUGGUCGAAAUAUUUAAAGUUUUAAAAGAACAUAACGCGAAUUUCAAAUGUACUUCAAAUAUCAAUGGAAAAACAGCAUUACAUCAUUUAUAUGAAAACCCAUCUUUAACCAGAGAUCUCAGUGAUUCUAAAGGAUUACAAAAGUUUCAUAAGCAUAUGAAAGAAGCAAUAGAGUUUUUAGUAGCCAAUGGAUGUAAUAUUAAUGCUAUGGACAAUAGUCGACAAACAAUAUUAUCAUAUUAUUUAUGUGAUAAAUUUAGACACAGAGAGUUCGCACCAAUUGUUUUAAUGUUACUAAAAAAUGGGGCAGACCCAACUGUUCCGUUAAAAACUACGGUACUACAGCCAUAUAAUGCACCCAAUGCAUUGUAUUUAGCUGUAAAAAUUGGUUGGCCAAUUGAGGUUCUUGAUGCGUUAUUAAGUAAGGGAGCAAGAGGUGAUGUGAAAGAUGAAAAUGGUGAUAAUCUAUUAGUAUUAGCUGCUAGAGAAAAACAAUCUGCUACAGUUGAUUGGGUAUUAGAGACAAUUCCUGAAGCUAGUACUAGAGAUUGUAUAGAAGCUGCUAUGAAACUCUCAGAUAGAAAAGAAAGAAGUAAACUUUCUAAAUGGAAAGGGUCUGAAGGAGCAAGUAGACGACGGCUAGUCCAAGCAAAUUAUAUACCCGGGUUUGGAUUAAUAUUUGAAACACUAUUUAAUGGGACAUUUG